CUCAAAGAAGUGUCUUCAGAAAACAAAGUGAACAACAGGAGCUUCACAUUGGUGCAUCUUAUGUAUCUUCCAGACAUCAGCCAUCUACGUGCACCAGAUGUUGACAGUUUAACGUCAUGGAGCUGACUGAAGACCAGCUGAAAGUUGCAGAGACUGAACUGCAAAAACAGCUUCCUCAGUCACUAAAGAUUUACGGUUUCUUGGUCCUCAGAAACCGAGUGAAAUCAGAUUCUUAUAUUGUUUUAGUGGACAGAUGGCCACAGUUCAGCGUAAUUAUCUGCAAACCCCAGUAUAAACAGAAAACGGAUCUGUUCAAAGACACAAUCGUUUUUGCAAAUGAUGAAGCUAUUCUCACCGAAACAAUAAGGAACUCUUCUGUAAUUGACUGGAGCAGGUACCUUUGUCUUGGAAUCAGUCUUCCCCACAUGGAGAUAGUCAAAGCAGUUGCAGCAGAAAGAAAUGUUCCCAGCAACCAACUGUCACUUUGUCACAUGAUGAUAUUGGAAGAUGCAUCCAAGCUUCCUACUAUAGAUUGCUCUGGGAUCUGCCUCAGCUCCCUGGAUGAAUCCCACCUUGACUUGGUGAAUCAGAUGUGGAAGUUUGGAAAUAAUGAAGGCGCUGCCAGGAUGAUCCGAAACAUGGUUACAAACUUCCCAUCCUGCUGCGUUUUGGAUCCCGAAGGAAACCCUGUUUCCUGGAUUUUGACCUACGUGUGCUGCGCCCUAGGAAUGUUGUAUACUUUACCAGAACACAGAGGGAAAGGCUACGCUAAAGCCUUGAUUAGCAGCAUGGCUAAAAAAUUCUGUGGUCAGGGCUACCCAGUGUUCUGUUUCAUAGAGGAGGACAACAAAACCUCUUACCAACUCUUUAAAGAUAUGGGAUUCUCUGAGGAUCCCUCAUACAGAGAAACAUGGUAUGGAUUCAAUGAUUUUUAAAUGACAAAAGCUAAGCUAAUAGAAAAAAAUACAUUUCAUGAAUUUAUAAUUAUAAGGUGUUUGAAAGUUGUUUGACUUUCAUUCAAAAUAACAGGAGAACUAGUCACAAAUAUUAAAAACAACAUUCCUAACUUGUUAGUUGCCAUUUCAAAUCCAGGCUUCAGUUGUUAAGCAGGAGCUUUUCAGUGCAGAUCUAUCACUUUUCAGGAGACAUACUUGAUGAAGCAUUUGACCUGAAAAUUAAACAUUAGAAAAUGUGAGAUUAUGGGAAACAUCGCUUGAUUAUUGACAAAUAAACAGCUGUUUGAGAGGAGA